GCGGUGAAAGGGAAAGAACAGAAGUCUCAACAUCUGCUAAUUCAUGGAAGAACGAUGGAAAGGGACGAAAGGGACAUUACUCAUCGGAAAAAGACACCAAUUCAGGCAAGACAACAAAAAAGGAAGGAGGAAGUGGCAUCCUGUGACACAAUAAAUACCAAAAAAUGGAUGGUGGAGAAUUCAGAUUUGGAAACACAGGAGGAAAUUAUGGAAUUUAUACCAGAGCAGAGUAAACUCCAAUGGCUUGAAGGGGGCAUAGUGGCUACUGUCAAAUCUCUAACAAUAAUCAAUGAAAUUCAACAGAGAAUUGACGUAGAUGGCAGCCUGAUCACCCUAGCACCAUUAAGAGGCAGAAGGGUGCUGUUAACUAAAAAGGAAUCGGGGUUCUUAUUGGAAUUUGUGAAGCUCAAUAAAGAAGUGUUAGCUUUGUGGUUUGAAGACAUCCAAUCAUGGGAUAAGGAAGUACAGGAACGAAGCAGAAUGGUGUGGCUACAUAUCUCUGGUAUUCCUUUGAAAGCAUGGAGUGAUAGAUGCUUUAUGAUGAUCGGAGAACUAGUCGGAGAGGUGAUCAAGAUCCAUGAAGAUACAAAGAUGAAGUCAAUUUUAUGUGAUGGGAGAAUGUUAGUUAUAUGCUCUGUAGAUCAUAAGAUUUCUAAAAGAAUUACACUGAAGGUGAAAGAAAAUUUGUAUGAGAUACGGGUGGAUGAAGAAGAAUGGCGAUCCGACCCAAAUUGGUGGUUGUCGGAUGAUGAGCGGCGGGGUGAGUCACUAAUGGAGUCAGAGCAGUCUUCGGAGCAUUCUUUGGAGCAGAUAGAUGAGGAGGAUCAGGAUUGGAUAAACUUCGAAAUCUGUGACGAAGAGGACAUUAGCAUUGAUGAGGAGCAAUUAAUGAAGGAUGGACAUUGGAAUUCAAAUUCAAAUUUCAAAAAUACAAAGGAAGAAGGGGAGAGUCGGCAUACAGAAGAAGGAAAUGAUGGUAGAGAGGAUGUGCAAACGAAGAAGAAAGUUGGAGGAAUGUUACCCAGAGAGCCUAGCGAAAAUCUAGGCAAAGAAGAUGCAGGAAACAAAUGCAAGAGCAAAACAACGACACAAAGGGAGAGCAGAAUCUUCAACAAGGGUAGCAAACAAGGGGAGUGGGGAAUACAUAAGGUGAAGUGUAACCUAGUGAAUGUGUAUGGUCCAAAUGAUAGACAGAAACGACUCAAGCUAUGGGAUGAGCUAAGGAAUAUGAUCACAGAAGAGGGAGGACGAUGGUUGAUUGCGGGAGACUUUAAUGCUGUAAGAUGUCUUGAGGAAAGAAGGGGAAGAAUAGGGGAGAGCCCAGAUAUGAGGGAAUUUGAUGCGUUUAUUCUAUCAACAGGCUUAAUAGAUAUCAAAAUGGCUGUUAAACAGAUUGAGCAGGUUGAUAUGAAGAAUGAGGAGCUUGAUCUAGAUGAAUUUGAGAUUCUGCAGAGACAAGAAGGAUUUCAGAAAAUGUGGGACAUAAUGAGGAAGAGAGAACUGAUAUGGAAACAGAAGUCAAGAAGCAAUUGGGUUAAGAAGAAGGUGAUGAAUUAUUUUAGCAAGCUAUUUCAAGAAGAUAAGUGGAGUAGACCAAAGCCUUAUGGGGUUAAUUUCAAGCAAAUGUCUAUAGAGGAAAAGCAAUGGCUUGAACGACCAUUCUCCACUGAAGAUAUUGAGGAAGGGUUACGAAGUUGUGAAGGCUCAAAAGCUCCAGGCCUAUACGGUAAGAGCAGCAUUUAUGGAUAUAAUGUGCCAGUAAGAUGGGUAGAAGGAUCAACCGGCAUGCUACGUUGUGGUGUUGGGAAAUCUCCUUUCAUUUAUUUGGGAAUGCCCGUUGAUGGAAAUCUUGGGAGAAAGAAGUUAUGGGAGCCACUGAUAAAUAAAUUCUGAGCCAAACUCGCUGUCUGGAAAGCUGCUUCGCUAUCCUUUGGUGGUCGCCUCACUUUGCUUAACUCGGUACUUUCUGCUUUACUUAUUUUUUAUAUGUCACUGUUUUUAAUUCCAAAUUCUAUGCUUGCUGAAUUGAUUAGUAUACAGAGAACCUUUUUAUGGGGAGGGGUUGAGUCACAAAAAAAGAUCUCUUGGGUG